AGAGCGACUGCUGCCGGAGCCUGACCUACGGACGAACUACGAUAAAAGAGCUAGCUGUGAAUUGAUCUUCUGGCGGCAUGGCGAGCUCGACGACAGAGGCCGAUGUCAUCUUUAACCGGGCAAGUGUUGCAUUGGCUCGAAGUCAGAGACUGAUCGCAUCCUGGCUCCCUCCGAAAACCCAAGAAGAGAUAGCACAUGAAAAGACGGAGGAAGAGCUACAGCGAGAGGAAGAUGAGAUAUUUACUCCAGUGCCGGAAAAACUUGGGCUCGGUGCUCCAUUGCCAAAUAGCCAGUCUGAUGGUUGUCGCAACCGCGCGGAGCUCAAUUCCAACGACAAAUUAAGAAAACAGCUCUUGGGUAGAAAUUCGAAGACAAUCACUCCAUCACGGAAUCCCAGCGGACAGCAGACAAAACAAAAGAGAACCAACAAACCGAUUCCAUCCCCUACUUCGGAUUCUGAAACCGAAGAGGAAAGCAGAUCGUCCUUGGUCACACGGAAUAAGAAGAAAACAUCGCAUUCAAAGAAUGUCGCCAAUACAGUAGAACCUGACGGAGACAUUGAGCCAACAAGGAAGAAGUUAGGCACAAAGAGAGCAGGAAGCUACCUCGACGAACUUCUAUCCACCAGAACGAAAAAGAAAAAAGCGAAAAGAGGCGGUGACUGAGGCAUAUCCGCGAAGCCGUCUAUUUCCCAUUCAACUGGCGAAAGCUGUUACGAAGCUCAGGGUAACUUUUCAGGUUGGAUAUAUGUGCCAUCGUUGCGCCGGAGUUCAGGGUUGUUUCUUUGGCCUGAGGUGUGAACUCCCCAAAUCGUCGCUGUCGUUUAUUCUCCUGCUUUCCAGCGAUAUGCCCUUUCUCGGAACUACCUUCGAUCUUUUGAAGCAAUUGACCUUGGACGUCAAUUACAUGUAAAAAUUCGGGAUUCAGAUCCUCCUUUGGCCCAGCGAUGGCUCCCGUAGCGUAUAUAUUCGCCGCCCAGAGUUUCAAUUUCGACCCUGGAGCAGCCGAUCCGUACAUCUGUUGAAUGAGACUCGACGGAAUUUUUGAAUCGCCCUUUGAAGCUAGUCCUUGAAUCUUCGCUUCGAUUUUGCUUUUGAUGGCCUCGACGCCCAAUUUAUCCCCCAGUAAAUACAAUUCUAUCAGUUAUUGGUAUUGAGUCGGGUCCGCCUCAUUUUCCUGACUCGGGAGGCAAUCACGAUAAAGCCAGUCGACGAAGGUGCAAAACAGAUCAGGCUGGACAUCCGCGAGCUCCAAUGUUUUCGUCGAAGGAGAUUGCAGACGCGUGUUAAACAAUUUCGACUCUUUGAUGAGGAAAUGCGGAUGAAUCAAGAAUUCUUCUGGUGCGCUGCCAAUGCGAACUCCAAUAACUGAGCGAAAUGGAUGCCUAUUAAACAUUAGUCGCGAACGAAUGAGUUAUGACGCGUGUCACCACAAGAUGUCGCUCUAAGAGUACUUACAUGCUUGAUUUUGCAGUAAUGCACUAUGUGGGCGGGUUCUCUGGCUCUUGUUCACUUAGAUGUCUUUCUCUCGCGAGAGAUUGUGUCCCCGUUGUCAACUCUUUCCUCCUUGAUCUUCGUCUACGUAUCAAUGGCUUGUCGUCAUCAUCACUUGAAAUAGUGUUGUCCAACUUGCCCAGAGC